UUUCAACAAAGCAUUCAAUCCUAGACAAACAAGUGAAGCAUCCAACCCGUUCUUCCUCUUGGCGUCUGCGACCCGGUCUACUCGGAGAGGAGUUCGUCUUCACUCCUCACUCAGAAGGAGUUCGUCGUCAAUUCAAGCUGCGAAAUUGAAUAUUCUUCUCAAGUUCUCAACUUCUCUUUAUCCCUCCUAUAAAUACAAAGACGCAAUCACACACUUACACACAUCCUCCACUCAAUUCCUGUCUCUGCUCAUCAUAUACAUCUCUCUAUAUACCUGUUCGAAACAAUAUGGCCAACCCAAUCUCAAUCCCAGCACAAGAAGUGCACAAAACACCUGCCUUUGGGUUAGCAGCUACAGAUUCCUCCGGCAUCGUUUCCCCUUUUCACUUCUCCAGAAGGGCGAACGGUGAUCAUGAUAUCACCUUAAAAAUCCUGUAUUGUGGGAUUUGCCACGGUGAUGUUCAUUUUCUCCGCAACGAAAUGGGACACACCACCUAUCCCAUGGUCGCCGGGCACGAGAUCGUCGGAGAAGUCAUCAAGGUGGGCCGUAGCGUCACCAAAUUCAAAAUUGGUGAUAUUGUUGGCGUGGGGCCGAUUUGUGGUUCAUGCCGCUCUUGCUCUAACUGCAGUCAAGGCUGGGAAAGUUAUUGCCCCGAAAAGAUUUUCACCUACAGUGGUUAUGAUUACGAUGGAUCCAGAACUCAAGGUGGAUACUCUGAUAAAACUGUGGUUGAUGAGCAUUUCGCCAUCAAAAUUCCGCAAGGCAUGCCACUCGACAGUGCAGCACCGUUGUUGUGCGCUGGAAUCACUGUAUACAGCCCCAUGAAGUUCCACGGACUCUGUCAGCCCGGUCAGCAUUUGGGAGUGGUGGGCUUGGGAGGACUUGGCCACGUGGCUGUCAAGUUUGCCAAGGCUCUGGAGAUGAAGGUGACAGUGAUAAGUACUUCUCCUGGAAAGAAGAAGGAAGCCUUGGAGAGGCUUGGAGCUGACGUCUUCUUGCUCAGCAACGACCCACAACAAUUGCAGGAGGGGAAGGAUACGUUGGACGGAAUUAUUGAUACAGUUGCAGGGCCUCACUCUCUUGAGCCAUUAGCUGACUUGUUGAAGACAGGAGGAAAACUGAUUAUAGUUGGUGCAUUAUUCCCUCCUCCUGAGCUACCUAUUAGGCCUAUGAUGAUGGGGAGGAGGAUGAUUGCAGGAAGUGCUGCGGGAGGAAUGGGAGAGACGCAGGAGAUGAUUGAUUUGGCAGCAAAGCAUAAUAUCACGGCAGAUAUUGAAGUAAUUCCAAUGGAUUACGUGAACACUGCUUUAGACCGAGUCGCCAAAAACGAUGUCAAGUAUCGUUUUGUGAUUGAUGUGGCCAACACCAUCCAUAAGGUCUCUCCAGAUAGUUAGAAUUAAUCUGACAUACAUAUAAAGUCGUCUCUCUGAUCACCAGUCCAAGUCUUUCGGAUGGAGGAAAAAAAAAAAUCGAUUGGGUGAUGAAUUUCAUUGUAUUUGUCAAGUGAUAAAGACCACCAUCAUAUCUAUCCUUAUUACUCAUGGAAGAUGUGAUUUUUUUUUUUUGGUCGAACUGAUCCAAGAUACAAUAAAUAAUAAACCAUGUGUGAGAAAGACUAAAAUUGUCAAAUCCUUGAUCGAGGAGGUUCUUUUAUGCAAUUUAAAGGAUAUUUUAGGGUGAAUGUUGGGCGUGCCUUUAUGAACCCAGUCCA